GUAUAUCUCCCGCCACUUAUAUAUAAAUAUAGCUCACAUGUCAUUGUACCAAACUCUCUCAAGAAGCAAAAACUGAAUUCAAUGUUCAACACAAAAUUUCAUGUUGUCAUUAUCACUCUAAAUCUUUUAUUCCUAUACGCGGGAGGACGUUUAAUACCACCGGGUAACGUUCCAAGCACAUCGGUGAAGUCUUUAUCAGUCGAUGAUACAAUCAAAUUGAAUCCGAAGAAUCAGAUAUUCCGUGGGACAGAGGUAAAGAGUUGUAAGCCUAAGGGGUUCCGACCGAAAUCCGCUCCAAGCCGGUUUGUAAAUUAUCAGCCUCUUGUUUCUGUUAAGUGUUCCUCAUCCAAAGUUACUUCCCUGUCCAAAAUUUCGCCCUAG